UAAGCAGAAGCUCGUGAGAGAAGAGUCCGCGAUCAGUUAGUUACUUCGCUUUCGCGACAACUUUCCACGAGCGUUGCAUCAGUUUGCGUCAGAGCGAAGUCAAGUGAAAGCGUCUCCGAGACACAGCGAGAAAGAGAGAAAGAGGAAGAGAAGAGCAAGACACUCGGUGCUUCGUGAUCCAGUGGAUUAAUCCCGAAGACCGUCCAGCAAAAACACGGAAAAUUCGUCCCUCAGGCGUUACCGAGGCCACGAAAAUUCCGACAUUCAGUGAAGUGUGCAAAAGAGGCGCAUUAAGGAUUAAAAAACCGCCGAACGAGCGACCGGAGAUACUGACCGAUAUGACUUGCUGCCAGGAACCACGAUCCUAUCACGCGCAGGCCGCGAUGACCGACAGCGGAAAAUCGUCGUCGUGGUGCGAGCAGAAGGGCAUCGGCUGCCGCCAGGGCAGUACCAUCACAUGCGGCAUGUUGCCGACCUUGCGGAUAUUGGCCUCCCGAGGAUGCAACAACCAAAACAUCGUCUGUCUCGUGCCGUUCGACGUCGAAAUGGACUCAGCCAGUCACCUGCACAUGAUUCUGCUCGAAGCUUAUUGUCGUGAGAUUGGGAUCAAGGUGCUGAGGGUGUCCCGGGAGAAAAUAGGCGUCUACCUGUGUCCAGGUAGCACAGACACCUCGUGCGUUCUAAUUACAAACGACGAUCCAUUUUUCUUGGAGUCGCCGGAGUGAAGUUUGAAGACCGGCCCUUAAAGAAAAUGGAAACUACACGAAACCGCCGUGCGCGGUCCUUUAUGCAAUCGUCUAAGGCAUCGUUUGCUGAGGAGGACGGUUGUCGCCAAGGAGAUCCUCCAUUGACCAAGGACGAAGGGGAGUUUAUCAGUCCGGCACGCGACGCGUACGUGUGUGUGCGCGCGCGCCUCGUCAGCAAGAGUGCUGAUAAUCGGACAUUUUUGUCUUGAAAUCGCGAGAAACGACAGAUCUCUCGCGAUUUGUCGUUAGACCAGGAACGUGUCACGCGAGUGAUCUCCCUUAGGGGAGAGCAUCCGGUGAUAGCUGGAUAAGAAAGUGUUAAUUAAUGUAUGUAACGCGUGUACAGUAACACUCGAUUGUUUGCGAUUUGUCGUGAAGCGAGUUAAUCUUCACUGUGUGUACUUUUUGUAAACCUCGACGGCGCCAAAGCGCGCCUCUCGAAGAGAGUUAUGUAUUUAUGCAACACACAUUACCUGAUAAUAAGAUUGUAUAUCAGAUUAAUAGACAAAA